UUACUCCCUGCCACAACAGCAUAGAACCUAAUGCCUGUGAAAACUGUGAAUGGAGAUAAACGGUUGAACAGUCAAAAUAUUUUCAGAUUUCAGCCUAGUUAUGCACUUCAAACUAUUGCUGGAUAAGCUUAUCCUGACUUUUCAAGCUGACCGACUAGUGCUUCCAUCUAGUUUGUUAUGUAGAAGAAAGUUCCAAACUACGGUAUCUGACCAAACAGAUAUGACAUGCAUUCACAUGUGGGACAGUAAACUAAGAGCUAUGCUUUGACUGGCAUAAUAACCUAUAAACGGGUGAAGACUUUUCCAAAUUAUAAGUGAACUCAUCAUCCUUUACUCAAUUUCAGAGAAACCUUCAACAGAAACGCGUGAGAGAACUAAACAAAAAAAUUAUAUGCAUUGUGAUUUUCAACUUUGAAUACUAAACAGUACAAUGGGUGACAAGAUUUAUCCAAAAUAUAAUCAACUGUGGUAUCACUUUCUUUCACUCAGACACUUCUCACUACAAACGACUAAACAAACUAUAUUUAUGUUUCUUAGUAUGCACUGCGUUUUCCAAGUUUGAACACUCAAACAAUACAAAAUUCAGGUAAAAGUAUCCCAUUCAACGCUGAUCUCACCCACGAAAUAGUUUAUUUUUCUCAAACACAGCUAAGUGUGCGCCGUUGUCACCCAUGAAAUAGUUAAUCAACAAUUAUACAAAUCAACUGUAAAUAGUAUCUCAUACAUAAGCACCAACCUGAGGAUCCAUAUGGUCUAUCAAGCCUAGGGUACACAGUGAGAUAGAAGGGAAAUGAGGUAGCAUUGGCUAAGUUAGAAAGGCAGUUCUGCGGGAAGUAAUCACCAAGUUCCCAACCAUGAAAGAAGCAUCCGUCCUCCUGAUGCUCAUCGCCUUCCAAGUGGUGGCACUAUCUGCAACCUCUUCCGGGAUCUCCAUAGCGUUGCCAGGGUGCCCUGACAAGUGUGGCAACGUGUCAAUCCCCUACCCCUUUGGCAUCGGCAAUGGCUGCGCCGCAGCUAGCUUGAACAGCUACUUCACCGUCACCUGUAACAGCACCUUCCAACCCCCACGACCAAUGAUUGGUGACCCUUCGGGAUUAUCAGAGAUCAUUGACAUCUCCCUGGAGCGCGCUGAGAUGCGCGUUUACGGCCCCGUCAGCUACAACUGCUUCACAUCGAACACCACAGUCAUGGACAACUACACCAGCGGCUUCAACUUGGUGGGUACGCCAUUCAUCCCCUCGACCACGCGCAACCGCUUCAUGGUCAUCGGCUGCAACACCAUGGGUAUCAUUGGUGGCUACCUGCACAGCAACCCAGACCUGUAUGUGGCCGGCUGCUACUCCUACUGCCAGGGCAUCAACAGCACGUCCAACGGUGCGCCGUGCACUGGGAAGGGCUGCUGCGAAACCACCAUCACCCCAAACCUCACCGACUUUGCGGCGCUCUUGAUCAUCAACCAGAGCAGUGUAUGGACAUUCAACCCAUGCUUCUACGCGAUGCUUGCAGAGGUUGGAUGGUACAGCUUCAGGCAGCAGGACCUUGUCGGGCAUCUUGGGUUCAUCAACAAGAGAGCCAAGAGAGGUGUCCCUGUUAUUUCUGACUGGGCCAUCAGAAAUGGCUCCUGCCCAAAGGAUGGAGCAACGGCGCUAAUGGGUUAUGCAUGUGUCAGUUCAAACAGCUAUUGUGUGGGUGCAACCAAUGGCCCAGGCUACAUGUGCAACUGUUCUGAAGGAUAUGAGGGCAAUCCUUAUCUCCCCAGAGGCUGUCAAGACAUAGAUGAGUGCAAGCUGCAUAAGCAAAACUCCAAGUAUACAGAAUUAUACCCAUGCAGAAAUGGGGUAUGUCGCAACAUACCAGGAGGUUAUGUAUGCAAAUGCGGGAUAGGAAAAAAAUCAGAUGGCAAAAAUUCUGGAUGUCGACCUGUGCUAACCCAAGCUGAACAGGUGGUUAUCGGCCUCAGUGUUUCCUCAGUUGUGGUGAUAGCAUUGGCAUGCCUGUUGGCCAUGAAAUUUCAAAGAAGAAAGCACAGGAAGGAGAAGGACGAGUAUUUUAAACAAAAUGGAGGUCUGAAAUUAUAUGAUGAGAUGAGGUCAAGGCAAGUGGACACCUUUCAUAUACUUACAGAGAAAGAGGUAAAGAAAGCCACAGAAAACUACAGCAACGAUCGAGUUCUUGGUUGUGGGGGUCAUGGAAUGGUUUACAGAGGAACUUUAGGUGAUGGCAAAGAAGUUGCCAUAAAGAAGUCCAAAGUAAUCAACGACGACUGCAGAGAAGAAUUUGUAAAUGAGAUAAUAAUAUUGUCACAGAUUAACCAUAGGAACAUCGUGAGGUUACUCGGUUGCUGCUUGGAGGUAGACGUUCCAAUGUUGGUGUAUGAGUUUGUAUCCAAUGGUACCCUCUUUGAGUUCCUUCAUAGCAAUGAUCAUAAAUCAAUAAUCCCAUUGGAUCUUCGACUGAAGAUUGCUACACAAUCAGCAGAGGCCCUUGCUUACAUCCAUUCAUCAACUUCUCGCACAAUUCUGCAUGGGGAUGUCAAAUCACUCAAUAUACUUUUGGAUAAUGAAUACAAUGCAAAAGUUGCAGAUUUUGGAGCAUCGGCACUGAAGCCCAUAGACAAAGAUGAUUUCAUCAUGUUUAUCCAAGGAACUCUUGGGUACCUUGACCCUGAGUCUUUUGUCAGUCAUCACCUUACUGACAGAAGUGAUGUCUACAGUUUUGGGGUUGUUCUUCUAGAGCUACUAACAAGAAAGAAGGCUAUAUUCAUUGAUAAUCUUAAUGAACAGAAAGCGCUAUCGCAUGCCUUCAUCAUGACGUUUCACCAGAAGAAGCUCCGCGAUAUACUGGAUGAUGAUAUAAUAGAAGAUGAAGUUACGGUGGUGCUCGAGAAACUAGCUGAACUCGUCAUGCAUUGUUUGAACCCAAGAGGAGAUGAGAGGCCAACAAUGAAGGAAGUAGCAGAGCGUUUGCAAAUGUUGAGGAGAAUCCAGAUGCAGCAAGUCACCACACCAAAUCCUAUGAGGACGCAAUACCCUGAUGGAGAAUCAUCAAUGUCUAUAGCUUCUGACGAAAUGAAAUACCAGAGCACCAACACAGCCAAAUUGGUCCUUGAUGUGGAUCGUGCAAGAUGACUACUGUAUGUAUCUUUCUUGGCCUGCUGGGGUAACAGUGAAUGUACUUUCUUGUGAAACACUAGUCACAUCUUUCAUUAUCACUGUAUCUGUUUAAAGGGCAGCCCCAGUGCAUGUAGCUCCCGCUUGCGCAGGGUCUGGGGAAGGGUCCGACCACUUUGGGUCUAUUGUACGCAGCCUUUCCCUACAUUUCUGCAAGAGGCUGU